GUGCGGAGCGGCACAGUUUUGCCAAGUCCUUUCGAAACGUUAAUACCCUUCAAGUUACGCCCAAAGGAGAGCGAUUUCUCUUGAUUUCCGAGCGUACAGAGGACCGGGGAGGUUUUUCAGCCAGUAACCUUCUACCUUCCUAUAUGUGCCUGCGUGUGCGUGUGUGUGUGCGUGUGGCUGUGUAUACAUAUCUAUCUCCUAGAGUGGGAUUAAUUAGCCGCGUUUGAGCUGAAAGAGGCUGCAGUGACGAGCCCAGUGGCGAUUGGCCGCCCGCCUGCCUGGCCCUGCCUUUAUAAUUUCCACACGAGUGCAUCUGGGCUCUUAUACAAACCAAGAGCCAGCUUCUUCUGACAUACACACACGGCACUUUUUUUCCACCAGCUGAUUAACCGCCCUGCAUACACACGGUGAUUACUACGGGAAAACAUAAAUAAAUACGAAGAGGUUUUAUUAUUUUGACUACUGGAAGCCUUGCUGUGUCUCAGUGCAACUUUUGUUUUUUCUUGCUGCUGGGAAAGGUGCCGCUCUCGAUGCUUUCCUCUCUCUCACGGACCCUUUAAAAAAAGGGGAAGGAAAAAUAUCGCCCCCUCCAGUCCCCCGCCCGCUCCCCCCUCCCUCCCUCCCCGCCACACACACUUCAAGACGGCUGAUCUAAAAAAGCAGGAAGAGAGCAUCUGAGGAGCAGCAGCCCCGGCGCAUUUUGAAAAAACAUUUGUUACAUUUCAGAGUGCGGCAGCCUGUUUCUCCUCUGAAGUUGGCUCCAGCCUUAGCAGCCGCAUUGGAUCCCACAGCCUAUUGCGAGACUCCGGUAUACAAUCCGGAUCUCUGCCCCAACAUGAUCGCGGCCCAGGCCAAGCUGGUGUAUCAUUUGAAUAAAUACUACAAUGAGAAAUGCCAAGCCAGGAAAGCUGCCAUCGCCAAAACGAUCCGAGAGGUCUGCAAAGUGGUGUCGGACGUGCUGAAGGAGGUGGAGGUGCAGGAGCCUCGUUUCAUCAGUUCCUUGAACGAGAUGGACAAUCGCUACGAGGGGCUGGAAGUCAUCUCCCCCACGGAGUUUGAAGUCGUGCUGUAUCUGAACCAAAUGGGGGUUUUCAACUUCGUGGACGACGGCUCCUUGCCGGGCUGCGCUGUGUUAAAGUUAAGCGACGGCCGCAAGAGGAGCAUGUCCCUCUGGGUGGAGUUCAUCACGGCGUCUGGCUACCUCUCCGCUCGCAAAAUCCGGUCCAGAUUCCAGACUCUGGUGGCUCAAGCCGUGGAUAAGUGCAGUUACAGAGACGUAGUAAAGAUGGUGGCGGACACCAGCGAAGUGAAGCUGAGGAUCAGGGAUCGGUACGUCGUGCAGAUCACUCCGGCUUUCAAGUGCACAGGGAUCUGGCCGCGGAGUGCUGCCCACUGGCCGCUUCCCCACAUCCCCUGGCCAGGACCCAAUCGGGUGGCGGAGGUCAAGGCGGAAGGCUUCAACCUCUUGUCCAAGGAGUGCCACUCUCUGGCCGGCAAGCAGAGCUCGGCCGAGAGCGAUGCCUGGGUGCUGCAGUUCGCAGAAGCCGAGAACAGACUGCAGAUGGGCGGCUGCAGGAAGAAAUGCCUCUCCAUCCUCAAAACCUUACGGGACCGUCACCUUGAGCUGCCGGGCCAGCCCCUGAAUAAUUAUCACAUGAAGACUCUGGUUUCCUACGAAUGCGAAAAGCAUCCCCGCGAAUCGGACUGGGACGAGUCAUGCCUGGGGGACCGGCUCAACGGGAUUUUACUGCAGCUCAUCUCCUGCCUUCAGUGCAGGAGGUGCCCCCACUACUUCUUGCCCAACUUAGACCUCUUUCAGGGCAAACCUCACUCGGCCCUGGAAAAUGCAGCCAAACAAACGUGGCGACUGGCCAGGGAAAUACUAACCAACCCGAAAAGUUUGGAGAAACUUUAGAGGGUAACUAUAAAACCGGCCUGACCGAUAAAUCUGCUAAUUUCCCGACGAAGUUUAGGCUGCCUAUUCGAAAAGUCAAAUAUUUCCACCUGACAAUGCAAAUAAUAUUCUUUUUUAAAAAGGAAUAUAGCUUAGGCUCUUCACAAAGAAAAAAAGAAAGUAAAUGAGAACAGCAAGCAUCGUUCUUCUUCUUCACAGUUUUGUAGUUUCCCGGGGGAGGGAGGGGGUGAAGGAAAAAAAAUAAGAAAAAAGGAAAGCAUUACCUGGAAAAGAGAAUUGGCCGUAAUUUAACACGAUUGUGACCAUUCUGCCUAAAAAUGGUACCAACGGAUUAUAACAAACCCCGGUAUUUUUAUGUAAACCCUCUGUGAGUAAAUGCUAUUUGGAUAUGCCACCUGAACAAACCCUAAUGUACCUUUUAAUUUGUAUCAAAUAUUGUGAUCUCACAUUGUCUUUGAAAUUGUGGAUGUUGGUGUUUUGUGAUUUGGUGAACAGAAGUUAAAUUGCCAUUUUGGAUACUUCAAGGACGUUUUCUGCUAAAGAGAAGAUACCAUUUAAAAAGGUAGAUUUUAUCACAGUACUUUUGUUAAUUGUCUUUUGAAGUGUCUGAACUUAACAAGUUUACAUUUUUCGUUUCAUAUAUAUUGCUUGUUCUAUUUCUAACAUUCCAUAAAUAUACUUGAAAUGUUAUUUAAAUAUAUUCAAAAGAAAUUUGGAUUCUGCUUAUAUAAUAAUGCUUGAAUAUUGGAAUUAUAUAUUUGAAAAUGCACUUGAAAUACACUGGAUAAUUACCUUUUGUGAUUUAGAUUUUAAUUUCUGUUGCUGAUUUAUUUAAUUACAAGCUAAUAAAUGAAGUAAAAUACA